AUGAGUUGCUGGGUGCUGGGUUUGGGCAAGCCACGCUUGCUGACCGCCAAGCUUCAGCUUGCUUGCCGCGCUCUGCGGGCGCAGAGAUGCGCAGAGGCUACGUGUUUUUUUGGAUUUGUCGCUCGAACCAGCAAAUCCUCACAAGACCACUGCACCGGAGUCUCAAGUCGUGGCUGUCAGUGCCUGAGCUGUGGAAAGUGCAGGUGGCACCUUUCUCGGUGCGAGCAGGAAAGUUCUGUUUCGUCUUGGUUAAGUGAGCUGACUUGCCAUGUUAGACCCGAAGCUUUCCCAAGUUGCAGCUGUCUGUGCCUGAGCUAUGAGCCGGAGCAACAGUUGUCCCCUAGAGCCGAAGCAAAGUUCAGGCAGCGCCUUGCGCUGUUCAAGCGCUCAAGUUUUGUUUUCUAUGUGUUGCUUGACCUCAGCUGCCAAUUCGGACGUGAUUUUUACUAG